UGAAAGUUUCUAUUUAUUCGAAAAAGUUAACAUGCCAGCCUCAAAUGAUGAUGAUCCCUAUGCACACGCAGCCAAGGGUCUUUUAAAAUUGAAAAAUGAUCAAGGUGUUAGCAAAAAGUAUGUAAAAAAUAGAUUUCAUUUUUAUUUUAGGUUAUGUGGGUGUUUUGACAAUCCGGAAUUCCCUAAAAUUCAAGAAAUUAAUAGGACAAAAGCAGAGAUAGCUUUUCAAAAAAUGCAAGAGAAAAUGCAAACUGAACGAAUAAAGCAGAAAGCCUCUAUGACACACAAACAACGGGUAGAAGAAUUUAACAGACACUUGGACAGUUUGACAGAACACUUUGACAUACCAAAAGUCAGUUGGACUAAGUAAAUUCUGGUGCAUGUGUUCGUUUAUUAGCAUUUUAUUUAUACAUACAUACUGUAAACAUAAAUAAUUAUAAUAAUAUUAAAGUUAACAUUUACUUUUGUGUAAAAUUGUACUUUAUUGCAAGUAUUUAUAAAAAAAUAUAAAUAUCAAAUCUCUAAUCCUAAAAUGGAUGGACUACUGAAUCUUAUAAUCUUAUUACAACGUUUGUUUUACAUUAACAAACGUACUAGUCAAUAGUAAAAUAUGUAGGCAUAUGUAUAAGGCAGACUUCUCAAAAUGUUUUACAUUGUAACAACAUCAUGCUAUACAAUAAAUUUGUUCAUAACAUGUAAUAUAUGACACAUGUGCAUUGUAUAAAUUGCAAUAUACAAAUCUAACAGUGUAUAUACAUAAAAUGGACGGAAUUUAUAUAUUAAAAGUUUAAAAAAGUUACUGUCUAAAAUUGUGAUCCAAGUAAUAAUACAA